UAAAUAUUGCUAGCCGAACAUAGCGGAAUAUUAUUGAUUCAUUAUUAAUGUUUGAUGUUAUAGAUUCUGUUAAGAUUUCCAUAUAUUAAAAAUAUUUGUCAAAGGAUAUUAGCUGAAAAAAUAUUGCAGGUAUACAGGUAUGUAUUGAAAAACCAAUUUUUCUUUUCUGUGAUUAUUGUAAUGUUAUGCUCACAUAACAUUUCUCGUUUAGGUAUGCAUUUUUACAACCAUGUGACUAAAAAAUUCAGAUACGACCAAAUACAUGGUAUGGUGCGAUAAAAAUUAAUUGAUUUAAUAAUCAUAAUGGGGUGCUUAAUAUUAUUUGAGCGAGAUUCAUCCAUAGACAUUUUUAUAAUAUGUCUAUGAAUUCAAAUUAUAUUUCUUAGUUAUCGAAACUUUGCAGUACGGAUGAAAAUAUAGAUCACAUGCCAGUUGGCAGGUUUGACAAUAUCGUUCUCUCCUGUAGACUAUACAAAUUCAUUACUAAACUGAAUUUAUAUCUUUAAAGAUUAAUUAUCAGCCGAUUAUAUUUUAUUAGUAUUAAUGUGAUAUCGUCAAAGAUUAUAAUAAAUUACUUUUUUUUGAGCUUCUCACCUACUCGAGAAAACCUUUUGACAAUCACUCCAUCGAAAACUCUGUAUCUACCACAUACAGUCACUACCACUUUUAAUUGGGAAUCUUGAGAAUCUCUCGAAUAGCUCCGACUUUUAGCAGCUUAAUACUUAUGAUCAAUUAAUUUAUAUGUCUAUAUUAAUUAUUCAAACUUUUUCAAUCCUAAUGUAGGUAAAUAUUAGUAUUUUUUAUCUGAGUGCUGUAUACAGUGUGAAUCAUUCAGAUUAGAUUAUUUUAAUUGAGUUGUUUUUACCAUCCAACAAUUCCAGGAUCACAUGAGGAAACCUACAAAUAAUUCUAACGUUUCAACACUGUGAGUAAUUGAUAACACCACUAUUAGAGUUAAUAGAAGUAUCUAAACACUUCAUAUUCCAGUGGUGUCAUUUGAAAUGUGGCAGAGAUGGCAUUUGCCCCCUUGUUAUCAACAGGCCUGGAUAUAGGCUAGUGUGGGUUCGUUUUAAGCCGCAAACCUGAUUAUGUUUUAUGAUACAUUUAUACUCCAUACAUAUUGGUGGAAAUAAUAUGGAAGUUGGGGUAAAAUUUCUUUCAAACUAAGUCUUCAUAUAGUAGUUAAUAGGUCAUAUAUUUAGGUAUCCCUCUGCAUAUAUAUGUGUUUUAGUUAUUGUUAUCCCUCAAAAAAAAUGUGCUAUUUAUGAAUAUUUUGGUAAGUAUUAAAUUAUGUAAAAAGGGUAUUUGUAUAGAAAUAAAAAUGUAAUCGCAACAAAUAAUUUAGCGAGCAGCUUUCCUUUCAGUUUCAUUGUUAGUUGGUCAAAAAUUUCCCUCCUCCACAUUUAAAAAACUGAAAUGAUGCCACUUAUUAUCAUCAAAGGGAAAACUUAUUUUGCUCUGUUACCUUAUUUAUUUUUCCUUUUUGAGUUAUUACAUUAAUUUGUUUUUGCCUGCCAUUAUUCUUAAUGCUCAUUGUUCAUGCCAUAUUAUUACCUAUUACACUUGACAGAACAUUUUUAUUUUAAUUCAUUUAAAUUUCUACCUAUUGUAAUCUUAAAUAAUUAAUUAUUUUUGUUCACAGUAUUUAACAAUGACAACUAAAGUCGACACAUUUAACAUGGACGUUACUAAAAGCUUUGAAAAUUCUCCACUUAAUUCAAAGUAAGUAAAUGAGUUAAAAUGAAAACAAUAACAAUAAUAAUAUUAAUAUGUACCCAAUUUAAUUUUCUACUCACCCACCUACAAAAAAUACUCACUCCCACUCUACCACAUCCCUUCUCUAAAACAUAAAAUAGGAGUCUUCAACCAAUUUCAAAAUUUAUCACUUUCCGCAUUUAAUAAAAAUUGUAAUGGCUUUUUGAGUAGGUAUUUGUGUAAACUCUAGUAUAUUCAGAAAUUUCAUUAAAAGCCAUACAUUUUAUUUGAUUAUUGUACUAUAGGCAGUAAUACGCAUUGUAUUUAAUAAGUAAGUAUGUAAUAAUUAAUUUUUUUGUAUGUUAUAUUUGUGAGCAUCCAUCCAUCUGCUGCGACUUGCCUACUCCAUUUUUUUUGUGAAAAAUGUGAUUCAAAAUUACCAUUUCACACUGCUACUACCAAUACUUUUUUUGACAUGAAUUGUCUAUUGUUUAAUCCAUAAUGAUUGAUAAAUACUUUGAAUCUUUUAUUUCAUUGAUUGAGUUUGCUAAUUAUUUUUGUAAACUGAGACAAUAAACUUACUAAUUGGUGUUGUAUUGUGUGUGAUCUCCAUUUAUGUGUUGUGUGUUAAAGCUAAUAAUCUAACUUGAAUUACUUGAUUUAUGUUUAUUGGUUGAUUAAUAUUUAAGUUAUCAUUAGUAUGACCUCUUAAUAGCGCUCCCAAUAGGUGUUUUCAACACUAUUAUUUCGGUGAUUCUAAUUCAAUGGUAAAACUUAAAUAUAUGCAAUGGUGAAAAUAAUAUUUGUUGGUCAUAUUAGUAUAAAAUAACAUGCAAUUUAUAGUCAAAUAUUAUUUAUUUUAUAUCUAUGUAUAUACAGUUGAAUCAAUAUUUUAUUUGUGAUCUAUAAGGUAAUCCGUAAAUUAACAAAAUAAUUUGAUAAUUGAUGUUAAGUUCUAUUGUCACAAAUUUCCAUAACAGCAAAUUGAUGAUAAAUAAAAUGAUUUAUUUCUUAUACUUUUAGAUCAAUUAAAGAAGAAAUAAUCGAUGAUGUGGCAUCUAAUAAUUUUUAUGAUGAAAACAAAUCACUGCCAAUAGAGUAAGUAUUAUUUAAUUCAAUGUUUCUCUGUUUGUGUAUUUUUUAAGUUUAAUUUUUUUAAUCUUAUCUUAUAUAAUAAACUGUUAACUUUUUUUCUCUUUACAUAAAGACCUUAAGUUUUAAAUUUUCAUAAGUGUUUUCAUAAGGUUUUUUAUUCCAACAUACAAGUACCUAUAUCAUUGGAAAGUAAGAUAAAGAAGUAUAGAAACUCCAUAUAAAGCUUUUAAAUGUCUGAUAUAGUUUUUUUUAAUUUUAAUUACUAUUGAGAUAUGAUUAUCAAAUUUAAUUUAAACAUAAAAAUAACAUAAAUUGUGUUAUUAAUUUUAUUAUUGCUUAUGUUUUUAUGUAUCCAUACGAUUAUAAUUAAUAAGGUUAAAUUCAGAGCGUGUGGAGGACUGUUUUGAUUUUACAAUGGUGGUCAUUUUUAUUUUUACUGUAAACUAAAUUUCUAUCAGAAAUCUUGUUCCAAUGUAUCAAGUGUAGCAUCUUUUCUGUAAGAAAAUUUUUAUCUAGUGGGUACUAUACAGAGGUAAUAUUUUGGUUUUCAUAAUAAUUGAGAAAAACCAUAUGAUAAACAGAUAAAUAUUUAUAAUUACAAUAAUUUCAUGAUUUUACAUUUUUGUAAUUUAUGUUUUCUAAAUAUUCUUCUUCAAUAAAAAAAAUUACAAGAGAUCGUUUUUGUUACAUUUUGGGUCUAGUUGUUCAAGAAUAACUUUUUCUGUUUGUUUAUGUCUGCAUAGUUAUUUUAAUAACUGCUCAAAACCAAAAAAAAAAUUCGAAGGAGCAGGAAAAUUUAUGAAAAAAAUGUUCUAAUUAUUUUUAGUUUUGUUAUAAUUUAAUAAAAAAAAAAAUUGUAGGGACUUGACAUUUGGUCAGAAAACUUAUAUUUGCCUUCUUAGAGGUGGUCAAAUUUUUAGUUUCUCGUUGAAGACUAUGUCUGUCUUAUUUUGAUUUUGUUGUUAUUACUCUUCUUAUUAUUUGGUUAUAAUUAAAAAUCAGAACACAUUCUUUCUAGUACAGAGAGCUUUAUAUUUUUAAGUUAUAAAUAAAUUUAAAUGUUUUCUAAUAGAUGCAUUGGUUUAUUUUCCACUUUCAGAUCAAUUAAAGAAGAAAUUGUAGAUGAUGAAACAUCUUAUAAUCCUUAUUAUACAAAUAAAACAAAGCAAUUAGGGUAAGUAUUAUUUAAUUUAAUGUUUUACUGUCUAUUUUUUAAGUAUAACUAUUUAUUUUAAUGCAUGAUGAAAAAUCUACUGGUUUCAAUAAGUGUUUGUUUUUGCCGUAAACAACUUCUCUAACAGAAAUCUUGCUCCAAUGGAAAAAUCAAAAACAGUUUUUUUUUCUUUUUUUUUUGUGCCAAUUUAGUUGAUAAAAUUUGUAGAGAAGUGAAAUUUUCUUUCAAAAUUAUAUUAACUUAUAUUGGCCAUUUAUAGUGUUUGUAAAAUUUUCAAAAUAUUUUUGAUCUAUUCAUUGGCAUUUCUUAAUUGUAAGACUUUUCACAUAGUUAUUAUUUGGUAGGUAAUAUGUGGAUAUAAUUGUGUGACCAAACAAAAAUUUUUGAAAAUGUUUACAUGAGGUUCAUUCUAAGUUGUACUUAGUGAUAAAAAAAAAAUUAAACCCUAGUGUAAUGUUGGUAGUAAUUUUUUUCAAAUAAAUUAAAUAUUAUAGCUUUUAAAAUUAUGUAUAAGUUUUGCUCAGAAUAAUAUUUUGUUAACAAUAGUUAAUCAUUUUUUAAAGAUAUAAAUUAAAUUACUUUAUGUAUCCUACCUUCUCAAUUUCCCUCCUAUAACACAGUACUGAUAUUAAAUUAAAUUUAUAGGAUAGUAUUGACUUAACAAGUACAAUUAUCACAAAAGAGGAUGUACCACAUAACUAACAUAAACCAUCUUUUGAAACAUCUUUUGGUUGAAUAAUCAAAAACAAAUGGUCACAAAUUUGUUACAUUUUUCAUGUUUAUUAUGCACAAAUAUGUUCUUAAGAUUAUUAAAUUAACAAUUUCAAGUAAUGUAUUCCAUUUUUUAAACUUUCAAGGUUUUAGAUCAAUAGAUAUAAGAGUAUAAUUAUUACAUCUGUCAUAGUUAAAGUAUGUUUCACUCCCAGAUAUGAUUUUAAUAAUAUGAGGGGAGGUAUUCAAGCUCUAUUUAGAACACAUUUUAUUGUAUUGUACAAUCUUUGUAUUUAUUUUAAAUGACAUUACUGUUUAUAAUGAUCUUUUUUUUUUUUAGAUUUUUAUACAACUCUAAACAAGAAGGUGAAGAAAUAAAUAUUAAAAAAGAAGUCGACAUCAUUGAUGGUGUCAUUUAUGAAAGUGAGAUUGUUAUUGAAAAUGAUCCAAUGGAAUCUAUUUUGUAUCAAGAAACACAAUUUGAAGAAAAAUAUUUUGAAUGCUCAUACUGUAGUAACUUGUUUUGUUCAAAAUCGGAAUUAAAAUGCCAUAUAAAAAAUCACAUGCAAGUUCAUAAGGAUGUAAAACUUCAUAAAUGUGACAUCUGUAAGAAGACAUUUUGUUUCAAACAAAAUUUAAGCAGACAUAAAAAAACCCAUACAGGGGAAAAGCCUAAUAAAUGUGUUGUGUGUAAGAAGUCAUUUGCUCUAAAAUACACUUUAAAAAUUCACGAAAGAAUUCAUACUAAAGAAAGACCUUUUAAAUGUGGCAUAUGUAAUAAGACAUUUGCUCAGUCAUCAUCUUUUACUUACCAUUUAAAAACUCAUGCUGGAGAAAAGCCUUUUAAAUGUGACAUUUGUAAGAAAACUUUUACUCUUAAACAAACUUUAAAGAACCAUGAAAGAACUCAUACAGGAGAAAAGCCUUAUGUAUGUGCCAUAUGUAAGAGGAAAUUUAUGAAUGAAAACAAUUUAAAGGUCCAUGAAAGAAUUCAUUCUGGAGAAAAACCGUAUAAAUGUGAAAUAUGUAAGAAAACUUUUACUGCAAAAAAAACUUUAACUAACCAUGAACGAAUUCAUACGGGAGAAAAACCUUAUGAAUGUAGCUUUUGUAAAAGGUUAUUUUCAAGAAAGGACCUUUUAAAUCUACAUAACUUAACUCAUACAGGAGAAAAGCCUUAUAAAUGUGACAUUUGUAAGAAAACAUUUGCUAUUAAAAACACUUUAAAAAAUCACGAAAGAACUCAUACAGGAGAAAAGCCCUAUAAAUGUAUUUUAUGUAACAAGACAUUUUCUCAGUCAUCCUCUUUAAAACACCAUUCAAAAACUCAUAUGAGAAAAAAGCAUUAUAAAUGUGACAUUUGUAAGAAAACAUUUGCUCUUAAAAACACUUUAAAGAACCAUGAAAAAAUUCAUACAGGAGCAAGGCCUUUUGCAUGUAACUUUUGUAAAAAGUCAUUUUUAAGAAAAGACCAUUUAAAUGUACACAAAUUAACUCAUAUUAGAAAAAAGCCUUAAGAAUGUAAUAUGUGUUUGCCAAUUUGUAUUUCUUACAAUAGCACUUUAAAAAUGUACAAAAGAAUUCAUAGUGAGAAAAGAUCACAUUAAUUUAACAUAUGGAAUGUGACAUUUCCUCAGAAACCCAAUAUGUCAUAAUAUAAAGAAGAAUCAUACCGAUGUUUUAAAUAUGUAAAUUUGUCUACUUUUAAUGUUAUUAAAAAAAAAGUAGUUAUUUGAAUCUUUGUAAACAAAGUCUGAUUACUGGUUAAGGUACGAUACACCAAAAUACAUUGCGAACUAUUUGAGUACAUUUUUUACCAUCAAAUUUCAAAAUAUAGAUUAGUAGGUAGAAAACUGUUAUGCAAAUAUUGAUUUCUUUUGAAAUGAUGACAAUUAACAAUAUCCUAAUAUUUAUAUAUAAUAUAUUCAUUAGGAUACCAGUUUAUUAUAUAGAAAGAAAAUUUUUUGCCAAAUUUUGAAGAUCACUGGCGGUGAUUAUAGAGACAAUACAUCUAUUAUUAGUGUCUGUACAUUUUGAGGUUGAUCGAACAUAACUAACAAAGUAAAGUUUUGUGAAAAACCAUUAUGCCACAAACUGUUUGUGGCAUAACUACUUAAAAUUUUAUUUUACAAAUAAUUGUAUAAAAUCAUUAUCGUAGUUCAAAUUAUUAACUAAAAAAAAUGUAUUUUUAUAUUUGUUUGUAUAAUUAACCCUUAACCAUGAAAUAAAACAAAUACAUUAAAGCUCAUGUUU